AUUAUUACUGAGAGAAAAGAGAAAGAAAAAGAGCAGUCCCUCCCUCCCUCUUCGCUGUUCUUUUUAACCAACCAACCCCUUUAAAAAAAUAAAAUAAAAACAAACGCUGAAGAUUCCACUGCUUAAAGAAAAAAAAAAAAAAACUCAAUUUUAAUUAAAAAAAGAAAAAACAAGUUCUUGAGAUUGACAAGCAGAUCCACAAACCAAAAAAAAUUAAUAAAUUCACCCAUCUUCAACAAAAACCCUUUUGAAAGGGGGAAAAAAAAAAUUCACCACUCUCUUUUUUCUAUGUUGAUAGAUAGGAUCAUAUGAAUAGAGACAUAUAAAGUAGAAAUAUAUAUAUUUUUAAUAUUUGUUAAUUUAAUUUUUUUUUCCUUUAUGAUUGAAAGCUUUUAGUAAAAUUGCAAGCUCUUGCCAAGGGUGCCAAAGAAGAGAAAGGAAAGAAGAAGCUGUGUAUCUACAACCAUAUAUGUUGGGUGGUGGUGGCACUAGCGCUAGUGUUGUUGGUAGCAGCGGGGGCGGAGACACUGGUGGCAACAUCGCCGCUGCAGCUGCUGCUGCCGCCACGGUUAGCAGCAGCAGUGAAGCUGCUAUUACCAUGCUUGGCUCCAACGAGAAUAACAAUAAUAGCAAUUCUGGUGAAGAUGAUAGAGGUAGGAUUGAUGAAGGUGACCGCUCUUUCGGAGGCAACCGAUGGCCGAGGCAGGAGACUUUGGCACUUUUGAAAAUAAGGUCCGACAUGGAUGUUACCUUUCGUGACGCUAGCAUUAAGGGUCCAUUAUGGGAAGAGGUUUCCAGGAAACUAGCAGAACUUGGUUAUCAACGAAGUGCCAAGAAAUGCAAGGAGAAAUUCGAGAACGUUUACAAGUAUCACAAGAGAACCAAAGAUGGCCGAACUGGUAAAUCAGAUGGCAAGACUUAUCGGUUUUUUGAUCAAUUAGAAGCCCUCGAAAAUCAUCCCUCCAUUCAAUCGCCAGCAGCAGCAGCAGCAGCAGCACCACCACCACCCCAACUAAAGCCUCAAGCUCAAACGGCAAUGCCGGCAGCUAAUCCUCCGAGUCUUUCCCAUGUCACUGUUCCAUCAACGACACUCGUCAGUUUGUCACAAAACAUUGCACCACCAAAUACAAACCUUACAGUCCCUUCCCUCCCAUCAACAAACCCUACAAUUCCUUCUUUUCCUAACAUUUUAGCAGAUCUAAUGUCGAAUUCGACCUCCUCAUCGACCUCAUCGGAUUUAAAAUUAGAAGAUCGGAGGAAGAGGAAAAGAAAAUGGAAGGAUUUUUUCGAGAGGAAAAUGAAGGAGAUGAUUCAGAAGCAGGAGGAGAUGCAGAAGAAUUUCUUGGAAGCAAUAGAGAAACGUGAGCACGAAAGAAUGGUCAGUGAAGAAGCUUGGAGGAUGCAAGAAAUGGCAAGAAUAAAUAGAGAACGCGAGAUAUUAGCCCAAGAAAGAUUAAUAGCAGCGGAGAAAAACGCAGCAGUACUGGCUUUCUUGCAAAAAUUAUCUGAGCAGCAAAAUCCCGAGCAGGCACAAAAUAAUCCACUACCCUCUCAGCAACCGCAACCGCCUCUACAAGCUUCACCGCAGCCAUUAUCGGCAGUGGCACCAGCUGCACCGCCAGCAGCAGCAGUAGUGCCAGCGUCUGCUCCACCACUAGUACCACUGCCAACGGUGAAUUUAGACGUGUCGAAGACAGAUAAUGGCGAUCCAAGUUACACACCAAGCUCUUCAAGAUGGCCUAAAGUUGAGGUUGAAGCAUUGAUUAAGCUAAGGAGUAGCCUUGAGGCUAAAUACCAAGAUAGUGGCCCUAAAGGACCAUUAUGGGAGGAGAUAUCAGCUGCAAUGAAAAAGCUUGGUUACAAUCGCAACGCCAAAAGAUGCAAAGAGAAAUGGGAGAACAUAAACAAGUACUUCAAGAAGGUGAAAGAUAGCAACAAGAAAAGGCCCGAGGAUUCAAAAACAUGUCCCUACUUUUACCAACUGGAUGUUUUAUAUAGAGAAAAGAACAAACAUGACAGCUCUUCCAAUCAAUUAAAACCCGAGAACUCAGUCCCAUUGAUGGUACGCCCAGUGCAGCAAUGGCCCCCUUCUUCUUCUGAGCCCGAUCAACGCCAACAUGAUCAUGUAAUGGAAGACGUAGAAAGUGAGCAAAAUCAAGACGAAGACGACAAUGACUGCUAUGAUGAGGAGGUAGAUGAAGGGGCCGGAGGUGGCUUUAAAAUUGUAGCCAGCAAACCGGUUUCAAUGGGCACAGGUGACUAGGUGAGUGAUAUCAGUGUCAGAAGCAAACCUGUUAGCACUGUCAAGUUUCAUUGGCCACAUGUCAGGCAGAUAAAUGUCUAUAAAUGUCAAGAAGCAAUUCCUCUGAGUUGAUGUUCUAGCAGCUAUCCGCCCGGCAAGUAGGUCAGGAUCCGGCAACGGUGCAUCGGAGCGGAAGCAUUUGAAUUGAAUUUUUAUAGGUGAGUACACAUUGGUGGGGUUGUAGCAUAUAGUCAGUGGAGUUUAUAUGUUUAUUUUCAUUAUUAUCUAUUUUUUGGUUAAAUAAAUAAGAAGAGAGGGAGAGAUAAAUGAGAUAGAGAGGUCCAGAGUCUCAUUCCACAUAAUAAACAGGGAAAAAGAAAAAGAGACUAGUGCUGCUGUAAUUUAUUUUUGUUUUCACUGUUCAAGUUCAUGUUCAUGUUCACGGUGGUUGUAAAUGUGAGAAAUGGUAAUUUCUAGCAUUUGAUUUUCUGGUUCCUUUUUGCCUCUUCCAAGUUUUCACCUUUUCAAUUGGAUAGAAGACUUCCACUGUGCUAGCUUAGCUCCUGCCAUAUAUAUGUGAGAAAGAGAAAGGUUUUUCAAUGCAAAUGGUGGUACGUGUUGCUGAAAAGAUGACGAUGAUAAGUAAACUCUCAUGGGGAGAGAGUCCGAUAUAUAUAUAAUGCAUUAAGCUUAGUCAAGGGGCAGAAUCAGAGCCAUUUUGCAGAUCAGAGGCUUUUGCCAGAAUAUGCCAACAUCACAUGUAGUCAUGGGACCUCCCAAUUACAGUGUCCACUAAAAAGGAAUCCUUUGUUAAUGGAAAGACCUAACAAAUUCAUACAGGUUUUCAUAGGUUUAAGUUGUUAGGUUGCAGUAGCAAUUCAUGAUGUCUGUGCCAAAAAAUAGGAGCUCACGCUUAGGAAAGACCAGACCCACGCUCUGACACUUAUUUAUGUUAAUGAAUGCAUUUUAUUACAUCAAAUUAUUGCAUACAUAAAGUUUAUGAACUAAUUUUUUUCUUUUUUUUUUUUGAAAAAAAGAACGGCUUUAUUGAAAGCCACUGUACAAGCAUACCUUUAUCU